UAGACAACUAAUAUCUAGGGGGGGUCCUCGUUUCACCGUUUCUUCUACCUAAUACACGUUGUGGAUGCCUAUGCCCGUGCUCCAUAGUGGAUAGUGUGAUAUUUUGAGGACAUUGCCACAAUGUCAGUCUCCUUGGACAAACCGCAGAUUAUUUCACAUAUUCAGAAAAAUCUGAAUUAUACAGUCUUUGACACUAAAUGGAUUCCAUGUAGUGCCAAGUUUGUCUGUAUGGGCAAUUUCGCAAGGGGCACCGGCGUAAUACAAGUGUACGAAGUUCAGCAAGGGGAGGUGCUGCUAAUCAAAGAGAUUGAGAAAUCUAAGCCUAUUAAAUGUGGAACCUUUGGAUUUACAUCACUUCAACAGAGAUAUUUAGCCACUGGAGAUUUUGGUGGUGGUCUUAAUGUCUGGAAUCUGGAAACCCCUGAUGUCCCUGUGUAUUCUGUAAAUGCACACAAGGAGAUAAUUAAUGCCAUUGAUGGUGUGGGAGGCUUGGGUAUUGGUGAUGGAGCACCAGAGAUUGUAACUGGAAGUAGAGAUGGAACAGUAAAGGUGUGGGAUCCAAGACAGAAGGAAAGCCCUGUUGCUAACAUGGAGCCAGCAGAAGGUGAAGCAAAGAGAGACUGUUGGACUGUAGCGUUUGGUCAUGCUUUUAAUGAACAGGAUCGCUGUGUCUGUGCUGGCUAUGACAAUGGUGACAUUAAACUUUUUGAUUUAAGGAAUAUGUCGCUAAGAUGGGAAACCAACAUUAAGAAUGGUGUAUGCUGUGUUGAGUUUGACAGAAAAGAUAUCAGCAUGAAUAAGCUUGUUGCUACAUCACUGGAAGGCAAAUUUCACGUGUUUGACAUGAGGACCCAACACCCAUCCAAGGGCUUUGCAUCAGUUUCUGAAAAGGCUCAUAAAUCUACUAUCUGGCAGGUGCGCCACUUACCACAAAAUCGAGACAUAUUUAUAACAGCUGGUGGAUCAGGCAGCCUAAAUCUUUGGAAAUAUGAAUAUCCAGUCCAAAGAAGCAAAAAAGAUGCAGAUAACAUUGAUAUGGGAGUUGCGGGAUUAGUUGGCCUUCUUCAGAAUGUCACACUUUCUACACAACCUAUUUCAAGUCUGGACUGGAGUCCUGAUAAGCAGGGUUUAUGUGUAUGCUCAGCAUUCGAUCAGACCAUGAGAGUUCUUAUUGUUACUAAACUAAACAGAGUAUAGGCCUGAUCAGCUAAACUAAAUAUUUUGAUUAUGUAGUUAUGUUUAUUCAAUUUCUGAAUUGAAUGUGUUGUACUAGUAUAUUUCUCUUCCUUAGACAAUGUAAUCAUUUCUGACCGUUUAAAAUGUUAACUAUUCAAAAUUUGUAAUUUGCCAACUAUGCUAUUUUUUCUGUAUUUUACAAUCUUUACUAAUAAAAGUUUUUCUAGUUACUUA